AUGCUGGACGAUGCGAUCCGCUGUCCGCCGGAACACGCCGAUAUCGCUUCGCUGCCCAGCCUAAGAGGAUUGCCAGAAAGAGUGGCACAGCGAAGGUACGAUCUCGUGAGGCGCGGAGUCGUUCUAAAGGAGGAGCUUGAGCUUUUUCCUCCGCGGCGCGUCCACCGUGAUGCGCUUGGCACUGUGGCUUUCUUUGGCAGUUUCCUGCUGUUCGUUGGUUUGGGCGCUUACUUGUCCAAACCGAAUGCUGACCCGGCGGACACACUGCUCGCGGCUUCGUUUCCAGAGUGGCUGAGACCGAAAGUCGGAGAUUCUGUCCUGGGGCGACGGCUUGCCAAUACCAAGACGGCGGAAGAUAACGUGAGCUGGAACAUCUUCCUCUCAGUCGUGACUUUCAGCUCUGUUGGAGGUUUCCUUUGUGCAAUGGUGGUUUUGCAGCUUCUGCGGUCUGGAGGAGAGCAAGUACUCUUUCAUUGCACCGUCCUGUUGCCAGCUUUGAGGCUGAUCACUGGGCUGUUGUGCAUGAUCUAUCCGUGGAACUCCUUCACCCCCAAUAAAUAUUACAGGGAAAGUAUCAACGACGGCAUUCUGCGGGAUUGCUGUCGCGCGCUUUACUUCCUCUUCGGCGCGGUGCUGACGAUCUGCUCCCUCUGCAACAUCUGCAUCUCCCUGCAUGUACGGCAUCUUGCAAGGCCGUGGUUGGCUCUCCAGGCGAGCCUCAUGAACACCGUCAGCAGGGUGGUACUAGCACAUCCUGGCAUGCUUCUGGUGCCGCUUUCUUGCGCCGCGCUGCUCUACCUCUGGACGAUCGCUUGCAUCUCAGCCUUUACCGCAAUACUCAAUGUUGACGAGACUGACGAGAGCUUGUGGCCCGAAAGUGCGAUAUUCCCGACCUUCGGGCUCAUCUGCUGGGGCGGAGGCGUUGCCUCGUACGUUACCAUCCUGGCAUUCUGCGGGGUGUACAGCCGAUGGUACUUUUCACGCUCAGAGCCGCCAGUCUUGGUGAGCUUCAGGAGUUCAAUGGCCUUUGCUUUGGGCACAGCCUGCAUCGCCUCGUUUUGGAGACUAUCUGUUCGUACCAUCGAGAUCCUCAGCAGGCUCAUACAGCCAGCAGGGCCUGACUGCAAAGCAAAUCCUGUACGAGCUUGCCUGACAUGCAUCUUUGGGUGCGUGCUGGAGUGCGUGUUCCACUUGGUUGGAGACGUCUCUCAGUUUUGCAAUACCUGGGCCUUCACCCAGUGCGCAAUUCGCAACGCAUCCUUCAUGCAAUCCACGUGCUUAACGGUUGCAGUGUGCACAUGCGCCAACGUGACUCUCUUGGCCAACAACCUGGUCCUAGACUAUGUCACAGGUUCUGGCACCCAAGUGGGUGGGCUGCUGGGUUUUCUGGUCGGCGCAGUCGCACACUAUCUAGGCGAAUGGGCAUGGCUUCACUGUGCACCAGCCGUUGGCUUCGUCUGCGGGGCGAUCAUGACCAGUAUUGUUCUUAGUGUGGCCAAGACGGGCUUCAAGUCCAUCCUGGUCCUGUGGGCAGAGAGCUGCGAGCCGCUGCAGCAGCUGGAACCACAGACGCAUGACGCCAUCGUGUCGUGCAUCAAGAAGAGACUUGAGGAAAACCGCCAGCGCACGGUUUCUGAGAUGUCUCAGCUGAGCAGAUGA